AUGCUCGGAGAACCUCACCAAGUGCCUCCUCAGUCACACGAGUUCUCGUUCUCGGAGAGCGAGGGAUCCUCCUCCCUCCAGCUCCUCCGGUGCUCGGCAGAAAUCCCCCACGUCCAGCCGGCGUCCUUCAGCCGCGGUGAAACGUCAGUGCGGACGCCCGGAGCCGCCUGUAUCUUUUUCUGUUCCCGACACCAAGACAGGUUUGCUCCUGCCGACAUCUCGGAGACGUCCACGCUGGGGGUGAGCUCGCCGGCCGUCCCGCAGGUCAGUUCCCGCGGUCGGUCUCGGGACGGGACCCCGCUCUGUGUCCUCCCGGAUUCCACAGACCCGCCCACGGAGCUCGGGUUCAACAUGAAGAUGUGGCUCGGUCUCGCCCUCCUGCUCUACCCUGGUCCCGAACUGUUUAGAACCACGCUGGCAUCGCCUGGCAUCGAGCCGAGGUGUGAAGCUUUCUCCUAUCACCCUGUCUGUCCGAUGGUUCUACAACCCCUGUGUGGCAGCAACGGGGUCACGUUCACCAGCCUCUGCAACCUGUGUCUGUAUAACUGGGGAACCGGCUUCAGGAUUAAAAUCCUACACGAGGGGCCGUGCGGUUCGUUGGCCGCCCCCACACAAUUCAAAAUAAAGCGAUCAAAUGCAUAGAAGCGGAGCAGCCUGGGGACGUCCCACGGCAGGAAUUGAAGUGCUAUGUCCACCCGACCCUUAGCCCGGGCGGGGACAAGCUUACUGGCGUCUGCGAUAUUGAACCCACCAGGAUCUAUCUUCUCGACCUCGAAUCACCUCAGCGACCGGGCACCAGGGGAGAGUCACGGAAUCACAGAACAGAACCAGGCCCUUCAGCCCAUCUAGUCCAUGCUGCACCAUUCGACCCGCCCUCCACAACCCCACCUAUGCUUGCACCGCCCUCCGAGUGAAGUUUCGCCCCACGUUCCCCUUAAGCAUUUCACCUUCCACCCUUAG